AUGAAUAAUCAGAAACGUUUUCCUGAUCCACAAUCUUUGGCAAAAGAUCUCCAUGAUAUGGGUUUUAAAGCAACUUGGAUGCUUGACCCUGGUAUCAAAUGUAAAGAAGGUUAUUUUGUGUAUGAUAGUGGUUCUAAAAGUGAUGUUUGGGUUCAAAGAGCAGAUGGAAGACCAUUUAUCGGGGAGGUGUGGCCUGGGCCUUGUGUUUUCCCUGACUUUACACAAUCAAAGGUUCGCUCUUGGUGGGCUAGUUUAGUUAAAGAUUUCAUUCCUAAUGGCAUUGAUGGCAUAUGGAAUGAUAUGAAUGAGCCAGCUGUUUUAAAGGUAGCAACAAAGACAAUGCCUGAAAGCAAUAUUCAUCGAGGAGAUGAUGAACUUGGGGGUUGUCAGGAGCACUCAUACUAUCACAAUGUAUUUGGCAUGCUGAUGGCAAGAUCAACAUUUGAAGGCAUGAAAUUAGCUAAUGAAAAUAAGCGUCCCUUUGUUCUUACUAGAGCUGGAUUUAUUGGCAGUCAAAAGUAUGCUGCAACAUGGACAGGAGACAACAUUUCAAAUUGGGAGCAUCUGCGCAUGUCUAUCUCCAUGGUUCUUCAAUUGGAGAGAAAAGGUUAUCAAAUGAGCAACAAUGCAAAAGCAGUUGGAACAAAUGGCUUUCAUAAAGAUAUGAUAUUGAAGGGACUCAGUGGUCAACCAUUUGCAGGACCUGAUAUUGGCGGAUUUGUUGGAAAUGCAACGCCUAAGCUUUUUGGAAGGUGGAUGGGUGUCGGUGCAAUGUUUCCUUUCUGCCGGGGGCAUUCUGAAAAAGACUCUUCUGAUCAUGAGCCUUGGUCUUUUGGAUAUGAGUGUGAAGAAGUUUGUCGUCGAGCAUUGAAGAGACGUUAUCGUCUUAUACCACACUUGUAUACUCUGUUUUAUUAUGCUCAUAUAAUGGGUACACCAGUGAUGACUCCUACCUUCUUCGCUGAUCCAACAAAUCCUAGCUUAAGGACCAUUGAAAAUUCCUUCCUUUUGGGUCCACUUCUGGUUUAUGCAAGGUUUUGUUCUCUUUAUUUUCAGAUAAAUCGCUAGGUUAUGGCACAAAUGUAUAUGUGCUUUGUUGACAUCAUAUCAAUGCACACAAUGUGGGUUGGUUUAUAAGUUUUUCUUUGAACUAAUGCUUAUUGCUAUGUUACAUGAGGACCAUUGUGCGGUACAAUGGUAAGAGCUUAAGUUUUGAAUAGAAUGUUUACAAUUAUAAGGAAUGAUAAUACUUCAUGCAAGAAGGAGUGUUGCUGUGUUAUGUAUAAUAGAAGGGGAGAAGGUUGAUAAGUAGCUUAUACUAAAAUAAUUAUAGCACCAUAGUUAGCUGCAGUUAUUUACGUUUGUUAUAUAACAAACUAUAAUAUAUGCAUAUACAAUUGUAAGUGGGAAUUCAUUGAUUGAUAGAUAGAGAAUUCACCACUAUUAUUCUCCUUCUCCUCCUCCUUUUCCUACUCUCAUCUCCCUUAAUUCCUCAGGACUAGUUUUCCACUCCUAACAUAUUUCCAAAUUUGCCUUCUGGGCUCUUACUUGCCAUUCCCAUAAUUGUAACCACCUCUUUUUUUUUCCCCCAAUUUUUUUCCCCAUUCUUCCUGACACACGUUAGGGCUAAUCAAAUCUCAAUUCUUCUUGCUGCACAUAGGAGGCAU